AUGUUCCGCUUCACCGAGAUAGGUGAUAUUGAUGACCUGAACCAAGCUCUCGAAUGGGAUUUGAAAGCCAUGGAAACAAUAUCACCCUCAGACUCAAACUACAGCGAUGUUGCGCUGGAAAAGAUAUCACAUUUAUGCACCAGGCACGAGGUGCUCCAGGACAUGGACGAUCUGCACCAGGCCGUGAAAUUGUCACAGGACUUACUUGGCACUCUGCCCGAUGGACAUCUCAACAGGUUCGAUGCGGUGGUUCACCUAGCAAAGGCACUCCUGAUGCGCGGAAAGCACGGCGAGGGCACGACGGUGGACAUCGAUGAAGCUAUCCAGGUGCUAAAUCCCGCUAAAGAUCGCGUACUUGAUUUAGACCGCGAGCCCGAAUGCCUUCGUAUCCUGGCCGACUGCCAUAUCUCGAGAUUUCGUAUUACUAGGGAUCCAGAGGAGGCCGCGAGAGCACUAGACACAAUCACGAAGCUGCUGGUUGUCGUUAGCCCAGGUCGGCACGAGCGUUUUCAAUGCCUCAUCGAUGCAGCAGAGCCGUACCUUGAACACGGCACGCCGUAUCGCAACCUCACCACAGCAUUUGUACAUGCGCAAGCGGCAUUGACGGAGAAUCAGAAAGAUGUCCGUUCACGCAUAUACAGCGUGUAUCAAGGUUUCUUCAUACAGUGCGAAUCCAACACGCCGAUGCUCUCCUUCGACAUGGUACCAGGAGAGCUGCGCAAUCAACUGCUGCUUCUCGCUAGACAAUUAGAACGCAGCUCGCAUCCUGGACAGGAUGCCAGAGAAGCAGAACUGGACGCCGCCCGUAGACGACAGCAGAGCGAGGAGUUCAACUCUCUACUCGAGGAAGUACGCAGGCUUCCUGGCUUGCACCGAUCCCUUCUGCCCGACAAGUACGAGGCACUGGCAGAAGCGGCGGACGGUGGCCCAGUUGUCGUACUUGUGUCCAGCACGUUGGCGUGCCAUGCGGUCAUUAUCAAGCGUUCCGGAGAUGUCAUUAGUAUCCCACUACGAGAAGCUCACCGAAACCUGGCUCGUGGAGUUUGGCACCACGUGGCGUUCGGCCGUGGCGGAUGCUAG